AUGGCAGCCAUGAAAAAGGGCAACACCUUUGCCGACGCGCGGCAGUUGGCGGUGGCUGCUGUGGCUGACCAGAGUCGGCGGAUGGAGGUGGCGAGGAGGGUGUGUGUGGGCAAGCGCAAGGCUGUGGUGGGCGCGAGGGUCAAGCUGGAGAAGGGCUUGCGGGCGUCGCCACAUCAGGCGUAUGGGAUGCAUCCUGAGAUGGAAGGAGUGCUGAACUGGGCGGUUACGUCGGCUGAGAGGAAGAGCCUGUUGUGCGGGUGGUUCUCGGUCGACGAGGUGAGGGCGGUCGGGGCUAUGCUGGCGGCCGGCGGCGUGGACGCGCUGGACGAGCUGCGGCAGCUGAAGAAAGGAGGAAGGGGGGAUGAGCGGACCGUGUCGCCGUUCAAGGGUUCGUGGAACGGCUACCUGCUCGAUGGGAAGAAAGUGGUGGUGAGUGUGGUCAAAAAUAGGGGCAUGCAUCCUCUGCGCGAGAUGAUGGCCUACUAUCACUUGGAUGUGGCAUAUGGCAAUGCGGCGCGGCAGCUGUUCUCGGGAUGGCUGACGGUUGACGAGGCGGAGUGGGUGGCGCACAUGGCGAUUCGUGAGUGGCUGGCGCUGAGCGAGACUGAGCGGGAGGCCAAGCGGGCAGAGGUGACGCUGGAUGGGUUUGAGGUUGAUGGAGCCAAGCUGAGCGCGAUGUUGAUUAAGGAGUAUGGACGGCAUCCGAUGGAUCCAAGUGCGGUGUAUUAUCAGUUUACGGCUAACAGACAGGGCUACGGGGCGUAUUGGUUGCGGCAGGAUGAGGUUGCGCUUGCUGCGCAUCGAAUUGUGGAGGAUGUGCUGGCGGGGCGGAAGGCGGGGACCGGAUUGGCGGUGGCGGAAGAGAUAGCGACGUCGAGCGGGUAUCUGGGCCGGCUGAUGGAGGUUGAUCCGCGGGAGGCGUGUGUGCGAAUGGAACGCAAAGCUGAGGUGAGGGCAGUGCCCAAGUCUGAGCGGAGCGCGGUGUCUGCGGCCAAGGGUAGUGCCCUGGCGAUGCGAGGGUUUGUGGUCGAUAGGAAGAUGGUGAGGGCGGUUGUGGCCCGGAAUGCAGGCCAGCACCCGACGCGCAAUGGAAUGCUGCAUGUGAGGUUGGAGUUUGGGUCUGGCAAGGCAAAGAAGUCGCUGUUCUCCGGGUGGAUGACGCGGCGCGAGGCGCAGUGGGUGGCGCACUUGGCGAUCCAGGAGCAGCGGGCGAAGCUAAGGCUGGCGGCGCAAGAUGUCGGGGCUGGAGUGGCGUGGAAGCCGACACGUGAGGAGAUGGCGCGUGUGGCAGGCGUGCUGCGGCCUGGGCUUGCGCUUGCAGUGGACGUGGAGGCCGGGGUGAUGGAGGAUUUGCUGCGCGGAGUGAUCCGCCGGUGGGUGGUGUUUGACGCCGAUAGCAAGGCUGUGAUCGGAGCUGGCUGGUGGAGCGUGGACGAGAUGGUGGGGAAUGCGGAGGAUGUGGGCGUGGUGGAGGGGAUCGCGCGGAAGCGAGCGCGGCGACGGAGGAAGGCUCUGCCGAUGGUGUCGGACAGCGGCGAUGACGGGGAAUCGUCGUGUGUGAUUGGGGUCGUGAGCGAUGCGGGAAGCAGCAGCUCGAGCUCGGAAUCCAGCAGUGGGAUGUCGUCUGGCGAGUACCGCGAGUGGAAGCGGCGCAAGUUCCUGGAGGCGAUCCGGAUGCCGAGCAGGGAGGAGGUGCUGCGGAUGCAUGUGGGGGAAGGCAAGUCGUGGAAUUCGAUCCUUGGCGUGCUGAGCGAGGUGAGAGAGCGGCGGCGGAUGGUGGCCGAGUACUUUAUCGGGGGAGGGCUUGUGAAGGUGGAGGAGGCAGGGCAGUAA